AUGCUGUUUCAGCCUUUCACGAAAUCGAAUAGCAGACAACGCAGGAUCACAAAGGUCCCUAAGCAAACCUUUCCAUACAGCCGGACCCAUUACGGAGAAAUUCCUUUGGCCAAGAGCCCCGGACCCAUUACGGAGAAAUUCCUUUGGCCAAGAGCCCCGGACCCAUUACGGAGAAAUUCCUUUGCCAAGAGCCAAGGAGAGAAGGAACGCAUGUCAACAUGCUCGCCCCACACACUAAAAACAAAAAUAAAAAAAAACAAAGAUAUAAACAACAAUAACAACAACAAAGAUAAAACAGACGAACGGAUAAACAACGACAGCAAAGAUAAAACAGACGAAGAAAUAAAUAAGUCUGCAAAUAAUAAAAUAGAUAGUCGCUAA